AAACAAGCCGCCCAACCCGGCGGCAACUGGGGGCGCCACCGCGACGAACAGCUGGCCGCUGCUACAAGAAGCCAGGCAUCGAGAGGCACCUCCACCGCCGCCUACGCCUCCUCUUCCCGGCUCCAAUGGCGCUCCGCCGCGUGCUCCUCUUCCUCAAGCCCUUCGACGUCUACCCUCCCCGCCCGCUUGCCGCCACCUCCGCGACGCCGCCGCCGCCGCCACCGCGUGUCUCCAAUCCCAAGGUAUUAAGUUAUCUGGAUGAUAGGUGCAGAGUUCACAAGGAAACAAUCAAUCUCUGUGAAAGUGUACUACGGCGCAAAUCCAUUGAAUGCAUUUCAGUACAGCGAAAUGAUUUUUCUAAUCCAAUACAUGAUGUGGAUCUUGUGAUUUCUGUUGGUGGCGAUGGCACUCUUCUACGGGCUAGCCAUUUUUUGAAUAGCUCAAUCCCUGUUUUAGGUGUUAAUUCAGAUCCUACUUGUCCUGAUGAGGUUGAUGAGUUAACUGAUGAAUUUGAUGCAAGGAGAAGCACAGGACAUCUUUGUGCAGCUACUGCUGCAAACUUCGAGCAGAUACUUGAUGCAACCAUUGAUGGUACUAGGCAACCUUCAGAGUUGUCAAGGAUCUCAGUGAAGCUAAAUGGACUUGAGCUACCAACUUAUGCUCUGAAUGAUAUAUUGGUGUCACACCCCUGUCCAGCAAGUGUAUCACGAUUCUCAUUUAGGAAGAGAAGCAGCACUGGACAGACCUCGCAUUUAAUUAACUGUAGGUCAAGUGGUCUCAGGGUCGCAACAUCUACUGGAUCUACUGCUGCUAUGCUAUCAGCGGGAGGAUUCGUGAUGCCAAUUUCAAGCCAUGAGCUUCAGUUCAUGAUAAGGGAGCCCAUUUCUCCAAGGGAUGCUGACAAACCACUGCUGCAUGGGUUAGUUAAGCAAGGCCAACACAUACUUGUUGUUUGGUACAAUGAGGACGGUGCCGUGUAUUUUGAUGGUUCACAUGUAAUGCACUCAAUUCAGCAUGGAGAUAUACUGGAGAUCUCCACUGAUGCUCCAAUCUUAAGAGUUAUUUUGCCAGAAAUUCUGUUAAAGCAGGGAUAUUAGUAAAGAAAUACAUUAUCAUCAUCAUGGUGCUUGUUAAUCUGGUAUGAGGUUCCACACUUUGAGGCUUGCUGAGUCCUUGAGUACUUUAUCAGAUAUAGAUGCAUAUCUAUGUAAUGCCAUAGCUAACCUGUACUAUCAAAUAAAAUAGUGGAUGUUGAUUUUAGUUUACCCUUUUGGAAACAAGAACACAAGCAAAGUCAGAUUUCAGAGGCCAUAGGUAUCACCAGCCAUAUGUCAAAUUCACCACCCCAAAGAUUGAUCUCAUCUGCUCUGAAGCAGAGGGUUCGUGCCCACUUUGAUAGGAUUGGACACUAAUCUGUUGCAAGGUAUCUACACUGCACUUGUAGCACAGAAACCUUGGCGGUUCUUGAAUGUACAGAGCUUAUGAAACACAUCUGACAUUUAACUCACUGAAGGUCUCAGGUUACCAUCAAUAUCUGAAGACGAUGACUCUGGUGUUGCUGGAUGAUGCUUGUGCUGUCAUGCUUUGGCUACUUGCGUUUUGCCAAAAGUUUCUGCGUAGACCAAUUGAGCUCUAGCUGUUUGCAGCAAGGCUGAGGUCCGACAAAAAUGGUUGCAGUGGUGUAUUUCCCUCUAGCAAGCUCACUACUUUGGACUUCCUGGGUCUCAGUGUUGGUGCUGCAUUAGUGCUAAGGACGGCUACAUUCGGCAAUGUACCAUGAAUUUCCAUCUUUCCUGUGAAAUUUUAUAGUCAAGAAUGCGGUCCACAGGGUAUCUUCUUUGGAGUUGUUCAGCCUUCCUGUGAAUUUCCAUCAUUUU